UAAAGACGAGUUAAGGCUCGUAAGAAGAUUUUAUGGUGCCCCCAUACUUUUCGACACGGUUGAUUUUUUCAUAUAAUUUCAUUCUAAACGAAAGAUCUAUAUAACUGUUGAACGAUCUAUAACGAUAUAACGAUGAAUGAAUGAAUGAAUGGACGAACGCACUUAAUAUUUUUUAUUAGAUUAUAAAAGAUUUUUUAAUUGUCACAUUGCAAGAUCGAUAUUAUGUUAUUAUGUAAAGUCAUAUUACAUAAAUAAAAAACAAACAAAUAAUUUCUCGUUUACAUGAUUCAGUUUUCUAAAAUGUUAAAAUAAUUUAUAUGCUAUAUAUAUAUAUAUAUAUACAUUUGCACAUGUAUAUAUGUAUGUAUGUAUGUAUAAUAUGCGUCUGUUCUUUUAUAAACAAUUUUGGAACGUUAUAAAAAAAAACUGAAACACUUUAAAAAAUUUAAGAAAUAAUACAAAUCAAUUGAUGAUCCCUAUUUCGAAGGGACACAAAUACGUUCCUGCUUAGGCAGCCCUCCGUUCAACGAAGGAAGCCGAAGAGAACGACCGCUUAGUUUCGGCUUAGAAACGUGAAGCAUCGUGGUGUCUUUCCGUUUUAAAUAGUGAACUGUGUUAGUGAUUUAAGAACGUUACGAUAUGAAUGGAUAGAAAAAAGAAAUCAACAUUGUGCAAUUAUUGAAACAUUUAUUAUAUUUCUAAUCAAAUGUCUUCUUGGUUAGAUUACGUAACACGAAUGGCGCAGGCGCGAGGGCUCCGAAGAAUUUUUCAUCGAUAAGGCCCCUGGUCCUUCGCGUCGGAAGGGGGGUCUGUCGAUGUGUCUCAUCGCGAGUGAGGAAACGUUAAAUUGUGUCUAAAGAAGACUCAUCGGCAUGGCGGAUCGACGUAGGAUCUUCAUACGAAUUUCACAGAGAAUGAGAAAAGACUCCAAUGGUCAGAAUGAGAGAACUUUUGUCGGAUUACAAAAUUCCCAGUGAGAAUCUGAAACACGAAGCCAUCUUCGAAGACGAAGAAGACCGAAGGUAGUUUUGGCGCGUACGUGACUCCAAAGCGCAGCCAAGAGAUGGCGUAGUAUGUAAGAGAGGGAAAAAAAAGAAAGAGAGAGAGAGAGAGAGAGAGAUGCACUGUUAGUGAAAGGGUUAUGCGUUUAAUAGACGAAACACUCACGACUCUCGUAAAAAUGUGUUAUCGACUUUUUGGAACGUAUUCUAAACGAAAGAAUAUUUUCCAACGAAAUUGUCCAAUAACGAUCUAAUCAUUGAAAAAAAUUAUAUCUUCAAACGUUAAACGAAAAAUAAAUCUUCGUGAUAAUCGAAAUCGAGAUUUUUUUGUUACACAAAUGUAUAUAUAUAUAUAUAUAUAUACAAUGAAAAGCAAAUAUAAAAUUAACCAAUAUACUUAUUAAAUAACUUAAGUUAACAAUAUCUUUAUUUAAUAUCGAAAAGAUAAAAAUCAUUGGUAAAAUCAAACGGGUGGGAGUUUUAACGAAAAGUAAAAAUUACUAGAACCCCUUUGUAAUACCUGUCCUAGGGAAUUCUCAAAGUCAUCGAAAUAAUUUCUCUAAAACGUUAAGAUCCCGUACUAAAUUGUUGGAAACCAACCGGUUUGUUUGUUUGUAUGUGUGUGCGUGCGUACGUUCGUAACAUUAUCGAACUUACCUAACUAGAAACUAAAGAAACUAAAGAACCAGGAGACUUCGUAUUCUAUAAAUUGUAUAUUCUUAGUCAGUUGCCAGCGCGCCAGGCAGCCCCAAGAGUCUAUCCAAUCGCUCAGCUCACGAGCCGGCCUCGUGUGCGCGCGCGACACCCCGGACGGAAAAGGUAUUCGUAAAUAAUAACGAUGCCACGAGUAAGAAGACAGGUCGUUCUGGAGGAUCCGGCCAGGCCUGUAACGCCGGAUAUGAUGGAAACAAAGUUGUUGAAAACGGAAUAUUUGGACGAUGGUUCAUUAGAUGAGAUACAGUCGCAAAAGGUAGCUGAGGAAACGCCGAGUCCUCAUCUGCAGGAUCAUCAAUAUGGACAAACUCCUUGCUAUCAAGUGUCCAGGAAGCCAACUCAACCACCGCCUAGAACCGAGAUAUCGGUACAGGCGGUUAAAAGAAGACUGAAUUUGGAGGUUGGUACGACGGGAGCUAGUCAUUCUACGUUCAAAGCACCUAGAGGUAAACGUAGAAGAUCUGGAUCAAAUUCUAUUGCCGGUCAUACGCCUACGAAAAGUAAAACCGUCGAGAGAACACGUUACGACACAUCGUUGAGUUUACUUACGAAAAAGUUCAUACACUUGGUCGAAAGUAGUCAAGACGGUGUCGUCGAUUUGAACGUAGCGUCUGAAAAGUUGGAGGUACAAAAGCGUCGUAUAUAUGAUAUCACGAAUGUAUUAGAAGGCAUUGGAAUAUUAGAGAAGAAAAGUAAAAACAAUAUACAAUGGAAGGGUGGUCAGCUACCCAACGACAGGAACGAUAUUGCUACGCUAAGGAAAGAAUUAGCGGACUUGGAAGCUAAAGAGAAUACCCUAGAUCGAUUAAUACAUGGUGCUGAUAAAAAUCUUAGGGAACUCUGUGCGGAUAGGCAAUAUGCUUAUGUAACUUAUCAUGAUUUACGUUCAGUACCAAUGUACAAAGACCAAGCGAUAAUGGCGGUUAAAGCACCACCAGAAGCUACACUUCAUGUCCCUCAACCUAUUAACAGUCUCGGUCAACAAAAGCUACAAAUGCACAUGAGGUCGUCACACGGAGAAAUCGAAGUAUUUCUAUGCCCAGACGAUCCAACUGUUAAAUCUCCUACUCCUGGGUAUGCGACGACACCGACACCAACACCAACACCGACACCAACACCAACACCAACACCAACACCAACACCACCAACAACGACGACGACGACGACGCGAUCCGUGCCUUCUGUAAAAGAAUCGGAAGUACCUUAUCUCCCUCCGGAACUUUUAGUCAACGGAGUUACCGAAGUUCGUGUCAAACAAGAACCUAAUCCGGAAGUUAGUGUUCUAAAUAGUUGUACGAGUAUGCCGUCUACUUCGAACGAGGUUACAACCAGUAUAGCGGGUAUGAGGGACGCAUUGCUCUGCGAAUCGGAUGAUUAUGGACCAAUGGGCGGUGGCAAGUUCCAGCUACAAACAGAGGACCAAAUUGACGCUACAGUCCAUCGUGUUUCUCUAUUUUGUUUCAGAUUUAAGCAUUCUCGAUUUUGGAGAACACCUGCUAUCCUUGGAGCCACCAUUAUCUGAAAGUGACUACUCGUUCUCGUUAGGCACAGAAGAGGGUCUAUCGGAUCUCUUCGAUUACACGUUCUAGAAACGUCAUCAUCGCUAUCAUCAUCAUCAUCAUCAUCAUCAUCAUCAUCAUCAUCAUCAUCAUCAUCAUCAUCAUCAUCAUCAUC